AUGACUUCGCUGUGCUCCUCGUGGUCUUUCCUGUUUGUCAGUGGGGAAACAGCGGUCACAAAGGCCGAUGGAUUCGGAUGGGGUGGUGUGGUGAUGGCACUCGGCUCGCUGAUAUGCGCACUCCCUCACUGGCUCAUCAGUCCCUACAAGCCGGAACAUUCCACGAACAACGUGACCGACUUCGGGCAGUGCACUCUGAGAGAGCUGGAGGAGCAUACCUGUGAAGCUCAGUCGCUGCCUUCUCUUCUCAACCCCUAUUUCCUUCUCUUCCUACUCGGGCAGACACUUCAUGGAGUCGGCUCAACACCAUUAUUUUCCAUUGGCACAACGUUCAUCGAUGAAAGCGUCACACAAAAGGCUUCUCCCGUUUAUUUGGCAAUUCACGCGGUGUUAACGUCAUUCGGCCCUGUGAUUGGUGUUUUCGUGGGCGGAUUUAUGUUGAACAUCUACGAUGACUUUGACAGAGUCGAUCAUCCACCAAUAGCUCGUUCGGAUCCUCGCUGGAUUGGCGCAUGGUGGAUUGGAUUUUUGGGAUGUUCGAUCUCUGCACUACUGGUCGCGUUCCCAAUUCUGGGAUUUGCUCGCGAACUUCCGGAGGCCAAAAGACAUCGAGCCAAAGAUGUGAAUCAGGUCCUAAACAAUUUAUUAUUGAACUUCAGUCAAUUUCAAAGUGAAGAAUUCAGUAGGAAAAAGGAAGGUCAUUACCACACCUAUGAGGACCAUAGAUUUUGCAUCUAA